AAAAAAAAUCAAUAAUUGUAUGCUCCUGUUAUAAAUCAUUUCAUACAAUAUUAUUCUAUACAUCAUCGAAAAUAUUGGGGAAAAAAAUGAAAAGCCACCGACGGUCGAGCAAAGUCUCACCCUCGACCACCGUCAUCUACGCUUUUCAAAAUGACCAUAUUACCCCUACGGCCACCCUAGAAAUCCCGAUUGAAGAAACCCUUACUCCUUCUCCGUCGCCACAACAACCGACCACCUCCUCCGCGGCGGCGCGGAUUCAGUCCGCCUACCGAUCCCACCGGAUCCGAGGCCUAUACAAGACAAUCUCCUCCGUCGAUCGGGAGGCCGGUCUGCUGCAGAGCCUGAUCCAACGGCAGGAGACGGUGGACGCCAUAAGAACUGACGACCGAGAACGUCUGAGGAUGAACGAGGCUCUGAUGUCUCUGCUUCUGAAGCUGGAUUCCGUACCAGGUCCGGAUCUGACGGUUAGAGAGGCUCGGAGAAAGGUGAGUCGUCGGAUCGUCGGUAUGCAGGAGAUCCUCGACUCGAUCUCCGAUGCAAAGGACGAAGAUCCAUGGUGGUGGUGCGACGGCGGAGGAGGAGGCGCGUGGCCGUUGUACUGGGAAGAAGCGGCGGAGGAGGAUAUCUGCAGAGAGAGAGGCGGUGAUGAAAUGGAGAGAUUCUGCGCUCAGUAUUUGGGUUUGAGGUGCUUCCAGAGAUUUCUCAGAGAAUGACGACGGCCCCUCCGUGGUAAUUAUCCUCUGUGACGCGACGUACGGUACACAAAUCUUUCUUUCUUGUUAAUUACUUAAUUAUCGGGUAUCUAAUCCGUAGUAAUGUAUCCUAAUCUUUUAUCGUUUGUGUAAGUGAAAUACGGUCCGUCUUUCCACCCAUAAAACGCCACGGAGUUUAAUUAAAAUUAUUUUUUGAAACCGAAAGAUAUUGAUUAUAGUUACUAAAACGGAGGGAUAUGAAGGAAAAAUUGCAUAGAAAUAAAAAUAUCUCAGAUAAUAAUAUCUGGACUAUAAAUUUGAAUUUUUUAAAUUUUUUGAAAAAUUCUCAAAUAAACCCAAAAUUCGUUAAUGAUAUC